AUAAAGGCUGCGGACCGCUGACGGCUUAAAAGAGCAGCCCGUGCGCGCGUUGGAGCCGCGAUCGAGCCAUGAGCAAGAUCAACAACUACACCGUUUGGUCCAACAGCUCCAGUUUUAUUAACCUGGACGACAUCGACGUCUCCGCGGACGAAAGCCCCGUUCUCAGAGUCCUCAUCUGUUCGGUUUAUUCCCUGGUGUGCGCCGCGGGUCUCGUGGGCAACCUUCUGGUCUUCUUCCUCCUGGGGAGCAAGCACGAGCGCAAAACGUCCCGGAUGAACUUUUUCGUGCUCAACUUGGCGCUGACGGACCUGCAGUUCGUGCUGACGCUGCCCUUCUGGGCCGUGGACACGGUGCUGGACUUCAGCUGGCCCUUCGGAGGCAUCAUGUGCAAAGUGGUGCUGUCCGUCACGGUGCUCAACAUGUACGCCAGCGUCUUCUUCCUCACGGCCAUGAGCGUCACCAGAUACUUGUCGCUCACGUCGGCCCUCAAGCGCACGGACGCGCAAAAACCCCGGACCGACAAAUGGACCUGCGCCGCCAUUUGGAUCCUCGCUACCGUGGCCACUUUACCCACGUCGAUUUUCUCCACCGUGAGCAACGUGAGCGGAGAAAACCUGUGUUUGCUCAAGUUCCCCGGCGGACAGGAUUGGCUGGCGGUGUACCAAAUCCACAAGAUUCUCGUCGGAUUCGUGGUGCCCAUUUCGGUGGUGUCUGUCAGCUACAUCAAGCUUCUGCGCGUCAUACGCGUCAGGAGCAUGAAGACCAGCAACCCCGAAAGGAGAUCGCGAGUCACCAAAUCCGUCACCAUAGUCGUGCUCUCCUUCUUCCUCUGUUGGAUGCCCAACCACGCCGUCACCCUGUGGAGCGUUCUGGUCAAACUCAACGUGGCCAACUGGGACAGAAGCUAUUACGUGGCGCACACGUACGUGUUCCCACUCACCGUGUGUUUGGCCCACGCCAACAGCUGCCUCAACCCCGUCCUAUACUGCCUCAUGAGACCCGAUUUUAGGACCAAACUCAGGCUCCUUAUCCGCAGGGGUCGCGCGUCAGACGUUUAGCAUUUUUUUAAGCUUUGGGGCUGUGCGUAUAUUACGCGCGGCUAUGGCGCGUUUAUCACCCAUCUAUGAAUGUUUUAGCAAGCUGUUGCGAGUGACUGGCUCCCGCUUUAAUGGACUGGCUCAGUGACGUUUUUUAGAUGUGGGGAAAAAGCCUUGCAAAUACCACGAAUGUGAGGAAAAACACAUUUAUUUCUCUGGCUUUUUGCAGUUUUUGCUGUGGGUAGAUUGUAGGUCUAUUUGCGAGUCCAGCUGUCUUCGGGCAGUAGG